AUGCUAAUUGCAGGUAAACUCGAUUUUUCAACUCACAUUCGGAUCUCCUUCGAGUUCCAAUCACUCGCAGAGCAGUUUGGUUCUUCCGAUCAUCAAUGCAAGCUUGUCGACAUCCUUCACAAGCUUUGGACUCAUAUUGUUGACCCUGUUGUCCAAGCCCUUAGGGAGUUAAAUGUUUGCCUUGGUUCGCGUAUUUGGUGGUGUUCCACUGCUGAGUUCAUGCUGCUUCCCCUCCAUGCAGCAGGACUCUACGAGAAGAAGAGAGACAAUUUGUCUGACAUUGACAUAUUCUCUUAUACCCCCACUUUGGCGACUCUCGUUCAUGUGAGACAGCAGGUUUCUCGAGAUGCGUCCUCGGAGCUCAAAUGUGUCGCUUUCGAGCUAGCUGUCGUCACUCAGCACGUUGGUCCCAUUGUCUCCUUCACAUCCCUCGAGGAUGGCAACGCAACAAUCGAUAGUGCACUUGAUGCACUCGAUCAUAAUCAGUGGCUCCAUCUCGCCUGCUGCGGAAUGCCGAGUCGGACACAGCUGUUCAAGUCCUCCUUCGCCAUGCGCGACCGUCCAUUGAUGAUCAGGGACAUCAUCCGAUCCAACUGGCAGAACCCACAGUUUGCUUUCUUAUCGACCUGCCACACUACUGUGGGCAACAAGAAGAGUCCCGAUGAGUCGAUCCAUCUCGCUGCAGCCAUGCAAUUCUGCGGAUUUCACAGUGUGAUUGGUUCCAUGUGGUCUGUUGACAACGAGGUUGCACGCCAGGUCGUGUCUGCUUUUUAA